AACUGCAAUCUGGAACUCUUCCAUCUUUUAGCCUCGAUGUUGUGACUGGACAAGACCAUUUUGAAGGAUACUUUCGAAAUAUUGUUUAAAUUAUUGCCAGGCGACUUUCAUUAUACACCUAUCCGACCCGGCACCAACACCGCAAAACUCAAUCACUUGCAGCCAAUUUGUCACUACCCCGCCCGACACCUUUUUAACCCUGGUCGCCGCUUGUCGCCGCCUCGACUAAGGUACUAGGGCCGCUGGUUAAAGAUUCAGUCCACCAAAGGCCGCGUGACCGCCAGCCGACCUCCGCUCUGCACCAUACCUAUACAGACUAGCCUAGUCUAUACCGUCGACUCUCUGCUUUGGGAAUACCCUCAAGAAGUGCUUUGGUCUGUAAUUGCUACAGAUCAUACAUACCUUGCCUACCUUGCUCACUUCUGUACCCGCGAUUCACAUCAGACACUGAGAUUGGAAAGGAAUCGCACUCGUGCACUACCGGUGGAAUUUAGGCGGUGCGCCUGCCGUCAUACUCUCGCAGCCAUGUCUUACAACGGCGCCUCGUCCUCGUCUCAGUCAACAUCAGCAGCCGCUCUCCUCUUAGGCAGGCAGCUUAAACAGAUGCAGAGAGACAACAAUCCAAGGUUCUCAGUUGGCCUAGUUAACGACUCCAACCUUUUCGAAUGGAACGUUAUGCUCAUGAUCGAUGACGAUGUAAAAUUCUACGGUGGCGCCAACUUCCGAGCCCGACUUUCCUUUCCCCCGACGUACCCUCAUCUUCCACCGAGCAUGACCUUUCAGAAGCCGAUACCUUUCCACCCAAACAUCUACGACAACGGUGUGCUCUGCAUUAGCAUCCUUCACCCGCCCGAGGAAGAUAAGUACGGUUACGAGGCAGCAUCGGAGCGCUGGAGCCCCGUACAAACUCCCGAGACAAUACUGCUGAGCGUCAUCAGUUUGUUUUCGGACUUGAACGUUGAAAGCCCAGCCAACGUCGAGGCGGCAAGGCUGCUUAGGGAAGAUCCCAAAGAAUUCAGGAAAAUUGUAAGGAAAUGUGUCCGUGAGAGUACGGGAGAGGACUUAUAGGGCACGCAACAGGAGGCGACGUUUCUUGAAGCAUGGCCUGGUAGUAUCACAUGGAUAGCAUGAUGACCGGGCAUGGCGUUAAUGGAGGUUAUGGCUUGGUAGGCUCUGUGACUUUGUUUAGUAUCGAGAUUUCGCGUCUCUGAGAGAAUAGUUCACGUUUCAGCGUGGCAUUUUUAAAUAUUGAUGACUCCAUAAGUUCUGAUAAUUUGCCACUAUUACGAAGACCCCGUUAUGUACUGUGGUGUAAUUCAGCCUCUCGUCCUUCAGAAGAAUUAGAACUUAAUAGAUCAGAAACCAACGCCAUC